AUGCUGGGAGAUAGUCGCCAUAGCGAUUAUCUCGCCCCGGAGGCUUCUCAAACCGGUUCGCCUGGCUCCCUUCGCAUUAUGACGCAUUAUUCUGCAAUAAACAUCCCAGACUCGUCCCCAACGAGACCAUCAAAUCUCGGCUUACGAAUAAACGGCGUCUCUGGUGGUUGCACUGAUCUGAAAAGUUCACAAAUGCCUAUGCGGAAUUAUGUGUCAAACGGCCAGUCACAGCAAUCAUGGACCAUUAAACUUUCUGAAAGUCAAGACUUCGAAAAGAUGCUUGGACAUAUAGGAAAUAACGGAUCAACACCGGUUACACCAACUAGCUUUCUUAAUCCAAAGGAAAUUUCGGCAGAUCAAGAGCGUUUUGCAGAGUAAGUGGUCUCAGGCUCCUGCGGAUUUCUGCACACUAAUUUUACUUCAUGCUAAGAGAUUAUACAUACUAAGGUGCAUACUAGUCACAACCUGGCAGUUCGGUUUUUUAGUCAUGCACCUAUUUGUCUUUGGAUUGUGUAGGUUUCCACUGAUUAAGUAACCAACCCUCCAUGUAUCUCUCACCUUUUCUUUUUGCUCAUGUUCAUGUUCUUAUUUGCGCACAUUAGCGGGAUUUCAGUCGUGAACGAAGUUUAGUUAAUGAAGUCUGCUUGUAGCAAUUGGGGCAUUUUAUUCCAUGUAAGUCUAGUCGUACUGGUCUCUGGAUGCACACCUGUCGCUCACUGAGUUUGCCCAAUUUAGUUAAUAAAAUUGUUGCCUGUAUUCUUAUGUCCCAGCAAAAUGCAGUGGUUAUAGAUCUACUUUUUCGUACACCUUUGUUCUAUUCGUCAGUAUUCCUUCAAGAAAUGGGGGUGAAGUCGGUGACAAUGUCUCAGUCAGUUACCUAGGUUUACACCGGCUUUUGCCUCCAGUAGCUUCUUGAUUAUAUGCGACGUGAUACCUUGUCUGGCAUAGUUUGGGUUCACCCUUUUGUUCUUCCCAGGGAAGUACGCAUAUAAAGUUUCCGGCCGGACUGUAACCCUGCUUGUCUACAAUCUUCCAAAGCAGUCUUACAUACAGUCUUUAAUAUCCGGGCGGCACUCGUUGCAUGCCAGAAAGGUGGUUUUCGCAUCCACCUGUUUAUUACAGCUGAUACUGACUAAAAACCCAAUGUAUGUGAUUAGGACAUGACGUGAAUAUGACACCUGUGGGGUCUGACUGCUUAGGAAGGCUUGACUUUAUAAAUAAGACAGUUAUGCUUCCCCGCUGUUGGUCUCAAACCCCCGGGUACGUAUCUUGACGCACUCAUUGGCAGAAUAGCAAUCCCGUCUAGUGAAUUUCCCAUGUCUCAGAAUCAUAUGUCGGUGACUAAAAAUAGGGUGAAGGGUUGAUGACAGAUUGGGACAUUUGCCGGAAUUCUUCGAAUAUUUGGUUAUACAUGUGUCUCAUUAACUCAUUCGAACCUACGCUAGGUCAAAAUAAUCACCAAAAUCUGAUCCGUAACUGAGGUGAUUGUGAUGCACGAUCUGCAAUGAGAAUUUGUCAGCCUGAAGUUAACAAUUCGCCGGAAUUUCGUUUCGACUUAACUAUACUGCCCAACAUUCUAUACCAUGUCAUUAGGUAGUCAGUUUGGAUGUAUUUCCCAGUCGUCCAUUGCUUUGCCACAUCCCAUUACUUCUAAUAAGUGUUUUUUGGGGAAAAUGGGAUUCGAGUCUCAUUUGACAGCCAUUAACGCCCUUCUUCGAACCGUGUUCGAGUAGCCUGCUUGACGAUGGUCGUCGUCAGCGUUUAUACUCAAUUUUUUCCCUGAAGCCUGGCAUAAGGGGCAAGACCAUCCUCUGGUGCCUCAACUGAGACGUACAGCUCGGUGUGGGGGAAGGGUAUCGUACAUGUCGUUGGCCGCGUUAUGCAGGGCGAUAACGAUGCAAAAUCUUGACUGGGGUCAGAUGUCAUACGCGAAGAUCCUUCCUUCUGGAAACUAUAUGUUCCUUAUCAUUCGGCUAAUUCAAUCCUGUCACGCACCACAACGGCGGUGCCAUUCACUAGUCUCGUCCCUCUCCGAGGUCCCCUUUAUGCAUACCCCUAUUGCUGGGUUCGUGAACGCGAAUAUUGGUUGCCAGCUGAGGUAGUUUUCCCCUGCCGCCUAACUGGCCAAACUCUGUUAACUAAACAAGGUAUCCAAGUAAUUGCUUUUUAAGUUCUGCGAAACCUACUUUUGACCUACGCCGCGUUCCUAUAUUAUUCGUAUCCAGAACUAAGCCGUCUCCACCCACAGCCUGCUUGGGCUUGAACGUUAACCGACCUUCCCACUGUGAUUCAUCUGGAAAGACUUUCUUUAGAAAUUAGACCUUUGCUCGAGAAUCACAAAGGUAAACCUAAUACGGACAGGCAAACCUCUAAGCGACUUCUGACGUAUUUUUGUCUCGUUCGGACAUGCUCUUACUGCCUGUCAGAAAUAGCUUUUAAGCGACACGUGUGUCCGCUCCUUAUUUCAGUCAGUUCACAAAGCAACUUGACCGGCUAAAGAACGAGCGGGAACGACGAAGACUAUCAACGGAUGAGGAAACUACGUUAACGGACGCUACCAGCAAGGGGACGCAAGAGUUCUCCGGCGCGGUGAAGCUCUCUCCCAGCUCACCUGCUCCUAUGAACAAACUUGAUUCAUCCAUCGGCACAGGAGUGGCCACAAGCGUUACCAAUUCAGUUUCCGUCAACGCUUCCACUGGGUAGGUUUUCUAUGUAUUAUUUCGUUUUUAUUCAUGUACGCUAUAGCUUUAUCGCAUUUUUUACCACUUCUAUCGUCUAGGAACCCUACGUACAUACUAGCCUUUUCCUUCCUUAUGUCGGUGCCCAAUGCGCCUGCUUUUGGGUAGUUAAAUAAAUUGUCCCCGUAUGUUCCAGGUAGUGGUCGUUUGCAAGAUAAACUUUUUUACAUUUCUUUUCACGCAUGCACACGCAUUCUUGAUGCUCGUUCUUGAUGCCCUUAGUCUGCAUAAUCUUCCUGGAUGGUUUGUUACCGCAAAUUCGAGGACAGAUCUUCCACAUGCGCGUCCUCCUUGGUUCUCCAAAUCACCAACAAGUUGGGGGUAAAUUCGUUCAGGGUAGACAUUCAGCUCCAAACUUCUGCUGCUGCUAUGUUUGCCGUUGCGCUAUUUGGCGUAUGGUUGUGCGCGCAGCGUACUGACCUGCUUUACUAUAACAGACAUGAAAGUCCUCUUGUCGACAUUAAACUAUUUUGUUUUCUUGAAUGAUGAAGCAUAUCUGCUGACUAGACAGAUGUCAAGGGGAGCCCCCGUUGACCGUUAAGAGUGGGAUCUUUGCUGUCUAUUUCAUUAGUUAUGUUUUGCAGACUGGGCGGUUUAGCCAAACAUAGGCACCACGUGCGGGACCAGCUGCGUUCACUCCUUAGUCGCUAUUAGGAGUAUUAUACACUAACUGCCUUGGCAGGUCAGUAUUGCAGAGGUCUAUCGUCGACGAGGUAAUGAACUGUGCUCACUAUACGAAGCGCCCUAUUUUUUCGAUCCGCACGAGGAACCUGCCGGUGUGUGAAGUCGAGAACCUUUAUGACCUUAGUCUUGAAGUACUGUGGGACGGUACGUCGUGUAGGCCACCAGCAAACCUGGCUUCCGUAAUCCAGCUGCCAAAUCCAUUCACAGCAUUCACCUUCUGAGGCUUUACAACAUGGGUAUCAAGUCGGGUGACAGCCUCCCUUGAUUUCCCACUCCAAGAACCACUGCUAAUUAUGUUGCGUUUAAUCCUCUAUAAGGGUGACUUCAUCACGAUUGGGACUCUGUGUCAGCGACGACUUACUUACUUUACUUGUACUUGAUACGGCUGCGAUCAUUCCUGAUCUAGCCGGCCUCGAUGAUGUCCCGAAUUGUACCUCUCCACGCGUGACGAUCCGCGGCAGCAGAUCUAGACAGCUCAACCCAUUCCCUUCGCCAAUGACGGAGACCGAAUACCGAAGGUCCAAGAACCACCUCCAUGUCUUGACGGACAGUGUCGAGCCAGGUUUUGAACUGACCCCCUCUUCGACGCCUCCAAUGGGGCAACGGCGCCCGAUCGAGGGCAGUAACACUGAGCUCCUGAGGUGGACGACGAAGAACAUGCCCGAACCACCUCAGUCGUCUUUCUUGGAUGGCCUGAGUUAUCCUCAUGCAACAUGUCCAAUAACAGUCAGCGACGAUUCACGCACACGGUCGUGUUGGAGGAAAACAGAUUUUUCAGAGCCUUUUUUUAGAUCAGACCGACGCCUUGAGUCGACAAACGCACCCGUAUACUUAUUUAGAAGUGACCCAGACUGUUACAUUGUCGUUUCUAGUAGCCGCACCGUUUCUGCCGCACUCCUACAAAAUUCGGCUGUCUUGUCUGCGCUGAUUUCGUGUUCCAUCGGUGUACCUGCUAAAACCUCGUUGACUUAGUUAACCACAAGGCUAAAAAACUGUUCGGAUCCAGUACUAAUCUCCCGUGUUUUUCUUUAAUACCUUGACUUUAGAUGUAAUCAAUAGUUUCGCCUGCGUAUAUACGGAACUCUGUCUUCAAAUGGGUCCAUGGUUAGGCGUGAGCCUACGACGCAUAGCUAUCAUUUCAGCGGAGCGCAACUGGAAAACAAGUCAAAUUGCACUCAGCCGUCUCCGCGUCACUUUUUGCGCCCUGCGGUAGUCUGCCGUUCUCUUUCUGCUCUCGCAAACAGAGCUUCAAGACUCGUUUAGUUUGUUGCUGACAGGCAGUUAAGGACCUGGUUGCGCCAUUCGUGCUGGGCUUCUAACCACCUUAACUCCUGUUUGAUCUCUCACUCCUUAUAACGCAGUUGGGUCCUCUCCCAUCGCUCUUUUUCCGUUGCACUCACAUGAACAAAAAGCCACACACCUGCACCCAAACGCACAAUCUAGGGCAAGAGAUAUAGGGGGUGUUUAGAAGUAGACUGUCACUCCCAAGCCCCUGAUUUAUGCCGCAGGAAUAGGGCUGUCUCUGUUCUUGCUCCUCAUCUUCUGCGGGUUUCUUGACGUCGAUUACGCCAGCAACCCCUUCGUCGGCGGUCUGCUUGUACCUACCGGCUCUCAACUCUUGUUCACAGCGUGCACACGCUGUGAUUGCUGCUCGUUUGCACCGACGUGGUAGCAGACGUCUUCCAUUCUCACAGUCCUCUCUCCUCACGAUCAGGCGUCUCUCGCUCUUAGUGUGACUGUGUGCGCGUAUGUUCUUGCGUUCUCCGGUAAGCGUCUAAUUUAUGUUUCUCACCUGUGUUUGUGUGCAUGUGCGCACCUGCUUAGAUUCAAACUGUUGUGUCUGCGCACUUCCUUCUGUGGGGUGAUCACACCACUCAUCUUGGCCCUUAAAGACCUGGGACCUCAUUCUCGCCAGUACUCGAAUCACACACAUGCACGCACACUGUCUGUUUUCUCUGCGAACCGGCAGUGCGGCCUUCCGCCAACCAAGGCUAGCCUCUCGAUCCAUUGGCAUAAUUUCAGAGACUCUGUCAAAUCAUUACAUGUCACAGCCUCUACUCACCCUCAGUCUUGUUGGUGUUAAGUUCACAUAGUGGAAAGUAUAAGGGAGUUAACUUCCUCCAGCCCAUGGUCACAGCGUGCUCGAAGUCUUCUGUCGUCCCCUUCGUACCACCAAUAGGUUUCGACCCUGCUGCCCUACAGUCUUACGUUUGUUGUCACAUCCACACGUACAGACCCCGGCUUCUGUCCAUGCCAACUUCGCUUAGAGGAUUAGAAAUGUAUAACAACGGAAUUGUAUUCAGUCAGGUCAGUGACUUCAUGUUGUCCGUGAAGGUGGCUUUCAGUCCUGUGAAGUAGGCUGUUUGCCAAUUUGCAUAUCGGGUCCAAGUCUACCAACAGUCCUUUUGUAAAUAGUUCUUCUGUGGCGGUGGGUUUUGCACACGAAACCUGUGCCUUUCUGCCACAUUGCUUGCUCACGGUGUUCUUCGGACUUCCUAUUUUCGCCCUCUUCCUGGCGCUAAUCCUCGUUAGGCAACUUUUCCACUGCUUUCAACGACCAAUUCGUAGAUACUUCUGCCUUAACCGCAUGCAUAUCCACACCCGCAAAGACAUCCGAUUUUAUUACCAGAACUGGCUUUCGAAAUGUCACGGGUUUAGCCUGCGACUGACUACAAUCCAUAUUUGGUAACGUCAGCUCAUCAACACCAUUGUUAUUGUGAGCUCUUCCGUCUGCGGUUCUAUGUGGGAGUAAAUGUUAGCUAACGGCUGCGGCUGAUACCGGCAUGUAACAGCUGCCUCCAACCUUAACAUUUUUUGUCUGCAGUCGUUGGUGGUGUCUAGAAUCGUGGUUUAAUAGUUUUAUUCGCUGCGCAUGCAAUAUAAUUAGGGCUUUGAUCAUGUCUGACCUGGCCUGUCUUGCUGAUUGUCUUUAGCAGCGACUCGGGCAAACUACUUCAUUGUCGGCUCCUUUGGCGAAUAAUAGGGCUAAAUAAUCUGCCUCUGAUAAACCAAUAAGAAGCCAAAGUACUCUCGACCGACGCUUCUGGACAGAAUUCACUCAGUGUGAUGCAUUUUUGAGUUCUGUCAUGGUUUCAACUAGACUACCAUCAUAUUUAUUUGUUGACCCUCAUGCGACUUUCGAUUCUUCCUACUGUGUACCUGUGGUAUCAAGCAGUGCGUCAGGUGGGUUUAAGGAGGGAAUUUGAACACUGACGGUUCAUUUGUCGUGACCGUUGAAGAUCUCCACUGCCCGAGGGAACACUGCUUCCUUGUUUGUGAGUUGGGUUGUACUGAGGGAUGCUUGUGAAGUAUCCGCCUAGCAUAGUCUUUCCAUACUUGUUCCACCGACUGGACAACGUCAAGCUCGUCGGAGAUGUGUGGGCACAAUGGCUGACCAGGAAUCCGGGCCCUGUUUAAGCUUGCUAGUCUCCCAUCCCACACGGAUCCCGCUUCGGUGGAGGUUUCCGCACAUUAAGUAAGAUCAGCUGCAACCUGCUCGUUAGUCCGAUUUAUGUAACCAGCUGACGGCCGUACAAGCUACGACGUUCAGCUUGCCGGAUAUAUUAUAGGAGAAUAGGUCUCUUUCCAUGUACCAGUGGGAAGUUCGAGUGCGGCCAAUAAAAGAUGACCUCGAGUACAGUGAGCGACGUGGCGAAAAGCCUUCGCCUCGCACACGCCACACCUGUUUGUUCCUGCCUAGAUCUAGCAUCUUCACAGCCCCAAAUGGAUAGCACGUGAAUAAGGGCCUACUGCCAUUUUUUGACGGAAAGAAAUACUUUCUCAAUUUGAGCUGAAUGAGGACGAGGAUAUUAGUGUUCACUCCUACUGUGUCUCCACGUAGAGGCAUACAAAUGCUGCCGGCGUCCUUCGUUCACCGAUCUGAAACUGGACAACCAGGCGGGUUACGGCAUAUCGGGGCGAUUGCACGCAUGAGCAGGCGAAGCAGUUACGUGCAGCAAAUUUUAAACGUUUGUACUUUGAGUUCGAUAUAUUUAUUUACUUGUCUUCGAACGGAGGUCCAAGAGAGAGGACCCGAUAGUAAAAGGGCAAAUAUCAUGAGGUUGAAAAGCUGCGCCCCCUUUUUGAUGUUUUUUUUUUCACUCUUCUUUGUCUCGCACCAUUUCCAGUGUUUCUGAGGACCUUCCAGACGGCACAGUUCUGUUGUCCGUUCGCGACCCCCUCCACCUUGCAACUGUUUCCAGUGCCUCCUGCGAGAACAGCGACAGUUCGACUACCCUUCUCUACAACUUACUUCCACCGCAACAGCAGCAGCCAUCACCACUAGGUAGCGGUAGCCCCUCCUCCGGCGCCGCAGUCCUCUCCAACUCUUCUGCCUCCUCCACGUCGCCUAACCUAGGCGGGGGUCAACAGCAACAGCGCUACAAUUGUCAGCCCGUCCUGGAUGUUCUCCUGCCGCCCUUUUCUCGCCCCAGCUUCUCUCUCCCGCCGCUCCGUGGUAACGGCAGUAACUGCAGUCGCCAGCAACACCACCAGGACCUCCUUUCCGUAGUCACGAGCGAACACCAGCAGCAACAACAGGACUAUGCACUCAGCGCUGCUGACCUGCGCCGCUGUAUUCCACAUAUCUCCACCGAUGAUUCUGCUUCCCCACAUCAGUUACUCGCAGCCUCCACGGCCGUUCAGAUCAUCAAUCAGGCAAGUGAACUCUGUGACGUGAUCAGCCAGGCCGGUGGUGAGGCUGUCUCUCUGGCCGACAUAACUCUUCACGGGCACGUGACAACGACGGACGGCCUUCUCCACAUUCUUAAUGCUGGCGAUCAAGUGAGUAAUCUCCCUCCUUGCGUACCAGCUAUCAUACAUUUCGCCCCAGCUCUUAAUAUUCAGAUGGUUUAGAUGUUAGGUACGAUGCGUUGGCGACCCAAGAAAACGCUACGGGUUACGUGCAGGACAACUGUAAAAUAGCUGGGAUGCAUUUGAAGAGAUAACCUACGAAGGGAACUAAUAAAAAUAGGCUGCUAAGACUCAGGGUUUCCGUGUUUUUCAACCCCCGGUCAGGUAAACAAAGCGUUAACGGUUUGCCCCUCAGAUCAGCCAAAAUUUUCCGAAUAAGUCAAACCUGCCCUUUCAAGCAUUUCUACAAAAGUGUGCACACUAUGCACUGAUGUUUGGUUGCUUCACCCGUGGGCGGUGUCGACCUCGUCAUCAAGCCUGAAAAUCAUUUAACUUAAUAAAACCGUCUGCUGAUAGCGAAAGUACCGUUUCAGUACUAAAUAUAGGUCGAAUGUGUCUUUUCCAUCGGUCAGCCUAGAAGUAAGUUCCCCGAAGAAAUCGCGCAUCGGACCAACAGAACACGUGCACUUGCAACCCAGCAUUAAACGGCCCCGAAGGUCGGACAGAACACUAAUUAUAGAGUAUAGGAAGCCUUUGACAAGAAAAUCCUUGUUUAUGGACAUGAGACACAGCCUGCGUGCUCAGAACUCACCGCCUGGGGAUGUCUUUGACGCCCUCGGAUGGCGUUUCGGACGGAUGACUACAGUUCAUGGGCCGUUAAAGUGGCUCAUCCGUUUCUGUCAACUUGAGUGACAGUCUUUAGCAACCCUGACUUGCCAUCCCUCCAGAAUCUGGACCUGGCGGGUGGCGAUGUCGGGGAAGCCAUAGGUACGUGUGUUGAAAGCCAACCCUGAACGCAUCUCUAUCUCUUCGGUCUUUGGGGUUGGGGUGCCGCCAAUCGACUGAAUGGAAAGUGGGCAUUUAUUACAUAAUUACCCUUAGAGAUAAAGCCUUAUGAAGUAGUUUUGAUUAAUGUGGUCGUAAAGUGGAGGAAUUAGACUCUCGGUCCAUUUUUGAUUCCCGUGAUAUCUACGAGACAAGUCGACAGGCCGUGUUGGUAGGAUGGAGGAAAGUUGUUAAAUGUGUGGAGGUUAGGUAGUGUGCUGUGGGCCUACGCUUCAUGCUUCUCCUUUCAUGAGUACCGUCAUCGUCCUAACAAUCGCAUCCAACACCGCUCUAUGCCAGAGGAUCGGUUGACGUGAGAUCAGUUGGUCUCAAAAUGAGUGAGCGCUUUGCGUUUCAGAGGCCGCCUACGGACCAGACAAUAACUCCCGCCUUACGCAUUCCACGGACUUCCUUGUCCGUUGACCAGAACUUUGCGCACUAGAAUAGAAUUCCCUAUAAAACCACGCUAAGAAGGAGUCAUCGCAGCCCGACCAAAUCGCCAGGAGUAAGUUGAUUCGCCAGUUGACAACCCUCUAAGACACGACUUCAAGAAUACCCGGAUUUUAGUGAAGGGUUUCACAAGAUCAUUUUCAAUCCCCUCUUCCACAGUUUCCCAGUGACAAAGUUAGGGCAGACGAAUUACAUGUGAAACUGAAUGGAUUUGUUCGGCGACCUCACUCCCCGCCUAGAGAUUUUUUAUCCUGCUCGGUAGAAACGGCCGCUGCCACCCAAGGCGUUGGUGAUCUCCCGCUCGAGUUGGUAUCCGGCGAUUUUCGAAGCAUUUAUUUCGCUCGUUUCUUACAUCGACCAUGUUUCAGGCGCAAAACUAAGUCAAGAUAACUAGAGAUGCGUAGUGACUGGCACUGCUAAACUAACUGUCCACGCCUGCUAUGCGCGUGCUAUUCCACAUACGUACACGAACUAGACUCCAGAAAAAAGGGUCUGAAUCCCUCAUAGAGUUUAUCGGAAAAGUUGUCCUAACUUCACGUGCCGGUAUCCAGUUUUUAAUUACACUGAUAGAAAACAGUGAUAUCGAGCGCAGUAGCUGACGUGACCCGAAGCACACAUUGGUUAUCCAACGGGCCACUUAAGUCCUAUUCAUUCGCCCUCGCACACCCACGCGUGUAAUUCGGUGCCUUUUCAAGAUUAGUGGCUGUGCAAAAACAAGCGACUGUGAUCACGUGCGGUCUGGGUGUUUUCGUCGAUAAGUGGCUCCUAUGGAGGCUGGGUUGGCCGAAAAUAAACAAAGCAGAUUGCACCCUUGCGCAUGCAUACCGCAGAGGUAUAUUGCGCCCUGGCGCACGCCUGUAUGAUGUGUUGUGCAUGAGUAUGUACGCUUUUGAUUCACUAUGCGUGGGAUAGGAGGAGACGACGGGUGCCGUAUGAGUCAUGCACAACUUUCGGCUUAUAUCGUCGUCGCGGUUGUUUUCGUCAGUCUUCGUCCUCUGCGCAUCGCAGAACGAACACCGGUGACUCAUCGGUGCGCGUCGCAUCCGCAUUCGUCGCACUAGCCCACUUUCGCGUGCGCGUGUAUGCUCUCGUGUAUCUGUCUCCUCACCUAGUACGUACGCGCAUUUCGCUGCCCCGCAUUGGUUGCCGGUUGUCGCGUCCCCCCUCCAUUCUCCCCCCACUUGCGCCAGUCUUUGUUCUCCACACGUGGCGGCCAGUGCGUAUGCGAUGGCCAAUCCCCAGGACCACCUUAAACGCGCCCCUCCGCGGGGAAAUUGCACCCCCCACCCGCCUCCACUGCCUGUUUUGCACAUGCUUUUCGCCUGCCACUGCCGCUGAAGAAGUUAAACGCCAGCGAAGUCGAUGACUCACUCGUGCACUCUUCGCGUGCAUGUGACCUUGACUCGUUCAGAACGUGACUCGUAGUCAAGGCCGCGCAUCGUCGCCUCCAUCGCGCUGCGCCAUCCGGAGCUGAAGCGGCAUCGUGGCGGCCUUGUUAUUGCACACAGCCCACGUACCCACGGACGGUGCGUCUUUCUGCAUCGGUUGCUUCGCAAACUAGUCUCUAGCAGUCAGCCGGUCCAGACGAAUAGAAUGCUCGGUCAAACCGGAUUGCCUGGCCUUCGUUUCCCCUACAUCUGGAGGCAGCCCAUCUAAACUGCUUGUUGACUCCUUGAACCACUCGUAUAUCACUUAGUAUCGCGUUUGGCUACCAUUUGCAACAAUAAUGCCUUUUCCUGCUCCUUUUCGUAUCAAGAUUUGGUGUCCUUGUCCUUUAACUCUUGCACAUGGAAUGUUCACUCUUUUUACUGAUAUAACCGGCCUUAAAAUGCCUUUGUAGGCUCAUUAGUAUUCGGCUAGCUGUUCCAAUUUCUUAAGCACUUUUCACCCACUUCUGUGUCCGUUGUAGGACACCUUAUUUUGAAACCAGAACCUCUGACGUUUCCUGGUGCAUAGUGCCAAACCCAUUUUUCUUCUUGCCAUCUCACCCCCCAUUAUGUAGGCGAAGUAAUGGAGGUUUCAGAGCAAUGUUAGUGGUCGUUCAGUUGCCCUCAAAACUACCUAGGUUGCCGUUCCAAAAGGGCCUGAUUGGGUGAAUCACCUGAGCCGUCUUCUAACUAGUCUAAAUUAAUCUAGGUCCCUUCAGCAGAAGCGAAAAGUCUUCAGGAUGUAGUUAUCUUCCUAUAUGUCCAGAAGACUUCUGAGCUGGCGGUAGUCGACCGCAUCCGACUUCCACUUUUUAGCCCCCUCGGCUCGAAAAGGUUCGGGAAAGUCGUAUGAAUUUGACGGACCGGCGACGAAUCUUGAAUCUUAAGCUUAAAAACUUCAGACAUCACAUUGAUCAAACUAUAAUGGACCCUGUCUUUCUACGGUGUGUUUGGUCAGUUGACUCUUUCUGUCACUUCACUCCCCUUUUCGGAAUGUUAAUGAGUGGCAGCGAACUUUCCUGGCUCCAUAUCGGGUUAAUGGGAACUGUCCUUAUCGAGCAUUUAUUGUAACGAAAGCGCCUGACCGUCCCUCCAGUGAUUGCCAGCGAUGGCUUAUUGUUCGGCACUGGGACAUCUACACUUUCUGAUGGGAGGGUAGAUGAUCAGGCAUGAUCGCAGCCGUAUCAAGUACAAGCAAGUAAGAUGAUAAAUGGGUGACCUUAUGACGCCAACGAUUUCGAUCGUACAGUGGGUGGGCUAACUCAUAUGUCAACGGAAAUUGGGAAAUGCGAUUUCGUUUCGAAAAGAUUAAUUAAGUAAGGUUGUAAGAAUAACCAUCUUGGAGCAUAAUUUUAUAAUAUCUCAGUUACCUAAGGACGCCGGCUCUCGAACGAACUUUUUUCCGACUGCAUGCAAAAAGUAUACUCGGUAAAAAAUGGCUACUUAAGUAGCGUGAGUUUUUCUCAUUGAUUUUAAAGGUCCUUGAAAAUCCAAUUAUAUUUCAUGGAAAGCAUGCAUAAAAUAUUUUCCCUUUUGCACAUUUGGUAAAAAAUUACGUCUUCUUCCAGUUGUACACUCAAAGGAAGGGUAUAAUUCGGUUUUAAAAAAAGUUUCUAAUUGUGAUAUUUUUUAAUACCGUGAAAAGGCCGUUCGUAAAACGGCAUGUCUCUGCAUUUACCAAUGUGGCUUGUAAAGUUAACACUAUGGUUUAAAUCCACCGCUCAAUUGUAUGAACCUCAUAUGGUCUCCUUAAUACCACAGAGAAACGUACGGCUUUCUGUACACGGAAAAUAUAUGGCUUGUAGUUUGGAGACCAUGAAUGCAAAUGUAACGGCAGUUCGGGGCUCAGAAUUAUUCGGGAAUUGGGAAACUUUUUAAAAACUAAAUUAUACCCCUCCUUCGAGUAUAAAAUUGGAAGAGGACGUAAUUUUCUACUGAAGGAGCAAAAGAAAGAAUAUUUUAUGCACGUUUUCCAUGAAAUAAAAUUAAAUUUUCAAGGUCGUCCGAAAUAGCCGAGAAAAACGCAUGCUACUUAAGUAAUCUUUUCGAAACGAAAACGCAUUUCCUAAUUUCGGUUGACAUUUCAUAAGUUAGUCCACCUACUGUAUGUUCCAUCAACAGGGAGCACCGGCUAUAGUCCCCGGCUAGAUCGCAGUCGGUAGCCAGGAAUGGGGAGCGGACGGCGACCUUAACCCUAAUCCUAUCCUUAACCCAAACCUCAACUUUAAACGUUAACCGUUAACCCUAACGGCAACCCUAACCGAAAUCGUAAACGUAACCGUAGCCCGUAACUGGAAACCCUAACCGUAAUACUGAAACCUAGUCGUACGCUCAGACCCUAACCGUAACCCGAAAACCUAAGCCUGAAUGCAUAACCCGAAAAUCGGAAACCAUGAACCGGUACCCUAAUCCUUACCUCAAACGUAAAACGGAAUCCAAAUGGGUCAGAUGUGAUUAUGGAGCCCCAUAAAAUAUCCCCAAUAAACAACCCCCCCGCCACCUGUAAUACGGGGCCUGGCUACCAACUGCGAUCUAGCCUAGUCCCCUACCACUACCACAAGAUGCAUCGAACAAUGUCGAGGGGUAGGUCUUGUGCCUGUCCAAGCUGGCGGAGUAUAGAAUGCCCCUUCUAUUGAUCUAUAAUCAGCUACCUCAGCUGACAAACUGUCAAGUUUUUGUCGGGAAGAUUGUUUCCUUUUGCUGCCGCCAGUGUGUAUAUCAUCAGAAUUUUGUUUUUAAAUUGAUCGGUGACUUAUUAUUUUUCAAGAUAACUCGUGGGUAGGCAGGCGUCAGGGUUCAUCAAUUGAUGGAUAGGUCUCAGAUUCAAACAGCCGCAAACGUACCUAUCACGUCGUUUUCCCCUCACUAAAGCAGAACCAGGCGGUGACAAGAAACGAGGGCCUCAAUAACCCUUCCUUGUCGGGCAGAUAGGUUAAAGUAGCUAGGGUUGAAGUUAUUCCGGGGUGUUGUUAACCGGCCUAUUCUGAUUGCAAAAAGGGUAUACGUACUCCUGCUUUGCCUUGGGGUCUCAGUCCAGAGCCCUCGUUAGCUGCCACAUAUCAGCGAUGGACAAAGACAUGGAGGACUGAAAUGCCAUUUUUAGCUCAUUUGCCGUUAUCGGUUAGCCAUGUCCCUACUGUCGACCGGAACAACCUAAGACUAGAACGCUGGUACGGUGCGACACUAAGCGUCUGAGGAUCCUUCCAGCCGUCGGCUUGCGUAAUUCUCGUCUAACUGUCCCCCCUCCCCGUGUAGUAACAUAUUUCAGACGAUGUGGCGGGGGAAGGAGUUGGCCCCGCAAUGGCUUAUAGUGCACCUGCCCACGAUAGUGAGCCAUCCAGUACGUGCGUUAGCUUCCAAAUAAGCCACCUGGUGCUUCGUAUCAUCCUACUUCUACAUAUUGUGUGAGUCAGAGUUAACUUCCCUCGGGCCUUGCUAGACAAUUUCUAAGAUCGUCCUGGUAAAUCAGUUUAUGUCAUCUGUAAGGACAUCCAGAUGUGUUCAGAAUACCAAUUAAUUCGCUAGAGGUCCACAGGAUUCCCGAGUCCCCACUGCUCUAUCUUCUGCUUUGCUUAUCCUUCAAACCUACAGAACGUUCUUCUCUCUGGCGAUGGAUCUCAACACGGCUCCCGUAGUCUGAACGCCCGUCAGCUGUCCGCCGCCAACGUUAUCGGCUAUGGCGUCCUGGAUGACCCCUCUGCCUUUGCUACCGGUUCUAGUAUCCUUGAUCGUCAGGGUCUGCGCCUUCAGCAGCAGCAACAAGUAACUUCCGACUUUCUGUCCACCCAGCAUCAACACCAACAACAUCAAAUGCUUAUGACGCAACAGCAACCGCAGCACUUAAAUGGCCUGGGCGGAUACUCUCCGGUUUCUCAACAGCAGCAGCAGCUACCCUCCCAGAGUGCAGACAAGUGCUGCAACCGAAAGCGUGCCAUUUCCAACACUGUCGGCGCUGCAAAUGACCUGAGUAAGAAGCGCAACCGUCGUCGCCACGAACCGACGAUUGCGGCGGCGCAGGCCAUUGUGAACGCUGCUGCCUCCUCCGGCACGGCCGCCCACGUUAGUGAUAUGGGUCUUUCGCAGCAACAACCAUGUCCCGGCGAUUUGAUGGACCACUUAAGUCUGACGGCCCUUGGUGGCGUCAAUCCGGGCGGGGCUACCAACACCACAGGUGCUACCGGUGGACGUCUUGCACCUAACCUUGCCGGAGGGCUGAAAAUGGAGGAAUUUCCAUCGAGGUCUUUCGAAACGGAUAUCGAGGAGUCCUCAAACCGGUCUAGUUCAGUCCCACCUUGUGGAGAUGCACAAGAUCCCACUGGUACGUUGCCAUAUUUCUUUUGGUACCCACCCGACUGGUUUCAAUGUUUUCUCUCUUCAAGCUGUCAUCUCAUUCGCAGGGCAACACAUUUCGAAGACAGAGAUCCCAGGGCAAUCUGCUAUGGUGGUCUCCAUAGUAUUAAGCUUUUAAUUUUCAAAAUAGGAGUUAUUCAUAUAUUGCUCUUCUUGAAACCCUCCCCGAGCAUUCCCAAGUAUACCUAGAAAUAAGCAGGCUUGUUUAAGGGAUUGCAAUGCUUGUGAGCACGGAAAAAGUUUAUUCCCGUCUCAAAAAUAUCGCUACUUGAUUUUCGAGGCUUCAGUUGUAAAUUACUAUUCAUUGGAAUGUCGGGUAAAAUAAUUGAUUUCCGAUUGCCAUUAUGGCUCUAGCUUUUUGCCCAAGCAACUGUGUGCCAAAUAGUCGGGACGACUUAUUGGAGUAAAAACAUCAGGAUAAUCCGUAUGUCUAAAUUGCAAAUGUCGACAAGGUUCAGUCUUACAUCUCAGUCUUUCCUAGAGGGCAUAAUCGACUUCACACCAGCAUUAAAAGGCAAUGGGAAACUACACACUACUUUUAUAGUGGUAUUACUCCCAUUUGUCACCUAAUGAGCGGGAGGCAAGGGAGCUGGAAGUAGCAUGCUAAGGUAUUUAAACUAACUUGCAAUGGUUUCUGUCAUUAUUAGGAACCUUUGUCAACUUAAGUUUGUAUGAGGACUUCGGUUGGUGUUUCACAAGUUUAUACGCACACUACAAGCCCUGUCGAUCCUCUCCGUCCCCCAGGGCCUGGCCACUCUAGGAUUCUUAAUCAAAUCGGGAUGCCCUCCUCGAGUCAGACUGCCAAGUCGAGCACCCUUAGCAGACUGACGCCUGGGAAUUGGCAGCAUCAGAAGUGCCACUCAUAAUUGGCAAGGACGAGUAUCUGGAAUUGUUGCUUUGGGAGUGUUAUUUGCCAGCUGCCAAUCUUCGACUGAGAAGUCUCCGGACUGGGGGAUUAAUGCCUCGCGUUGCCAUCCUAUGUCCCACGCAACGUCACCGGCUCUUCUGUUGCCAAUGUGCUUGAUCCAGCUCGUCGGGAGCAAAAAGCUAUUGUCUUCACGGAUUGUGGACUCGAUGAUGUAUUAUGAUCUUGUCGUAAUCAACCCACUCCACGCGCUGAUCCCUCGGCCAUCCUAUUACCUCUUCGUCUUAAUCGCACUUUUGGAAGUUUUCUCCGGCUUUGAAAUUCGGCAGAUCUCAUACAAACUAAAAGCAUUAACCCUAACUUCAGCGAGUCAGCUGGUAAGAACGGAUACAGGCGCUCUGAAGGGCAGAAUGAAGCAUGAUUUCCCGACACUGCGAAGUCGUAUUCCCUCAGCGGUGAAUGCUUUCAUUCAAGUAACCCACGCCGCCCCUCGUCACUCCUAAAUUCGGCUUGUCCUGUAAGUAGGGUCGUCAUACCUGAUGCCAGCACUGGAGGCCGCGAUGUUCGGAAGGGUAAACACCCACUAGAUCUUACUGACUGUAGUUAAGGGUAAAUGUUCAAGACACGAGCUUUCAGGUCCUGUCUUGAGACCUUGACUGCUUGUCGUGGAACCUUUAAGAUGCACACCGACUCAUUAAAUCUGUCCAAACCGGCCUCCUUCAACAAUGUCUUUGCGAUCUAACAAUAGCGUAGUAACAUAGUUCUCGUACGCUGCAGUUCACGAGUGGGCGAUGUAGUUAGCACUUGUUCACUCGUUUUGGGAGUUCUGUUGCAGUAAUUGGUUGUGUCACUGGUUUAAAAGAUUGGAGAUCGGUUUUUCUCGCAUGAUUUAUCAGUAGUCGAGUGCGCGAGUUUACGUUUGGCAGCUGUUAUACCAUCACGAGCCUGAACCCCAGCAAGGUGGGCCGGGAACGCCCAUCUUUAGAUUCAGAAAUUGCAAGAAACCGACCCUACACCAAGUUUUCCCGUCAUGACAGACUAGGACCGGCGCUACCUUUAGAAGGAACUAUUGACCUUAGCGGUAGUUGAAUUAUAAUGAGAGGUUUGCACAGCAUCGAUCCCACCCUUACCUUCCAAGCUCAUCGUGUUGUGAUUCCAAACAAGGUCUAGGAGGGACCCCCACAGUUUGACGCUUGUCCUCAAACGCCAAGUUAUUCCGCCGGUUGACAGCCGCAUAAAUCAAGAUUUUUGAGGCAUCGCGCUAAUUUACAGGCCCGUUUGUUUGGUUACAGCUACAAGCUGUCACGCAGGACCGAUCUCAGUCCUCAGAGGUUCCACUGUUUUCCAGAGGCACGACCGGACAAGGUCAGCUGGAAUGACAAACUAGAUAAUCGCCCGGUUUCUCGCCCCUUGCAUGUACUAGUCUCCACCUUUGCAUUAUAAAUGCCAUAACUCCUACCUUCAUAGCUCGUCGAACAUUCUCUAGCCAACAUUUCAGCAGUCACAGACUGACUUAAACUGUCCCGUGACUCCCUAAUCCAGCCUGUCUGCCCAUACGCCUGUUGAUUGAAUCUAAGUGUUCACACCCGUUCUUACUCCGGUGUUGGUGGUAGACGAAGCCAGAUAGCCAAGUUUUAGGAUUGUUAAGAUGUAUAAAACGUGUUGCCUUUACUUCGCUACAUGGACAUCACAGGCCUCCCUCAUCCUUAUUUAGAGGUGCCGUCGUAUUUGAUACUUUUAUAUGAGUUCAUUGUUUUAGAUUGCAUUAGUGAGUAGUAACUUAACUACUUUUGCAUGGCAUCAGUCUAACAAAGGAUAUUGUGCAUGCCUACCUUAUUCCCCUUGAAUAGAUCCAAACAAGCUCAAGGUGGAAAGAAAACGUGCCCGCAACCGACUGGCCGCACGGCGUUGCCGGGAGCGUAAGGUUUCCCUCAUCAACUCUCUUGAAAACAAGGUGGCCGAACAGAACAACUAUGUCAAACGCCUCGAAUCCGAACUGGAGCGGUACCGCAAUGAGGCCAGUCAGCUGAGGCUUCAGCUAGAGCAGUUGGCCGAUUCCUUCCCCAACUUGCGCGAAGAUCUUCUCAAAUUGCCUCCGCCGAUCUCAACUACCGUGGCUUCUGCUGUUCCCCAGAAGUUGCCUCAUCUGUCCUCCUUCGAAAAGCUUGAACCGCCUCAGUAG